CAUCAACCAUCAAGUGCUUAGUGAGCGCCGCGACGCGUAGAAGUGAACAUCGGCGUCGGACGUAGGAUGCAAACCUAUACAAUGUUUUGACAAACCCAGCAACAAAAAAAUCAAAACAUGGCUGUCGAAAUUUUAGACCAAGAUCAUUUUGCAAUAAGUGCUAUAGUUACAGUAACAAUGCAAGUAAUAUUUUUCUUGAUAGCAGCCACUUUCCAAAUGGAUAAAGUUACUGAUUUUGCUGGAGGAAUAAAUUUUAUAAUACUAGCCUUGCUCACGUUUUUUCUAGGUCAAGGAGGAAAGAAAAGCUACGACAGCAGGCAACUGAUGGUAACAGUAUUUGUCUGUCUAUGGGGAAUGCGUCUUUCGGGAUACCUUUUUUACAGAAUUAUCAAAAUAGGUAGAGAUAAACAAUUCGAAGAUAAGAAAAGUAACAACAUUCGAUUUGCAAUUUUUUGGACAUUUCAGGCGGUUUGGGUGUAUGUAGUAAGUUUACCAGUCAUUAUCAUAAAUUCUCCAAGACACGCCAUUCCAAAAGCUCCGAAAACUAUGACCACGCUAGAUUCAACAGGAACGGCAUUCUUCGUUGUUGGUCUCUUGGCAGAGACGUACGCCGACUUACAAAAGUUCUCAUUUAGGCAGGAUCCAUCCAACCAAGGGAAAUGGUGCAAUGAUGGUCUAUGGAGAUUAUCCAGGCACCCAAACUACUUCGGGGAAAUAGUCUUAUGGUGGGGGAUAUUUAUAAUCUCCCUCAACGUGCUUGAAGGAAUAGAGUGGGUUGCAAUAAUUUCCCCUUUGUUCACUACCAUAAUUAUACUGUUCCUUUCUGGAAUACCACUUCUAGAAAAGUCUUCCGAUGAAAAAUACAGGGACAUAUCCGAUUACAGAUACUACAAGGCUUCCACUUCUCCGUUGAUUCCUAUACCCCCAUCUAUUUACGUUGAAGUUCCCCAAUUUCUGAAAUUCAUUUUGUGUUGCGAAUAUCCGAUGUACGAUUCUUUAGAUGAGAAAACUAAGGGGGCGCACAUCAUUAAGGAAUCUACGAGUGCAUCGUUAGCUCCAUCGCAGACAUAGCUAUAGCUACAUGCUGGUCCUCAACAACAGGUCAGCAGUAGUACCACAGUGACAGAAAAUAAAGUUCAAAUUACAGCUCUCUGAAUAUGGGCCACGGAAAUAUUGAUAAGCGCAAACUAUCAAAAAUAAUUAGGAAAUUUAGGAAUGAUGUUUUAUCUAAGUCAAAUGUAUUCUAUAGGUUAAAUUCACACGGAAUUUACUAACUGGACGGGCUUUUCCACUGAGUGAGAUUUAAAAAAUAUUCCAGGUAGAUGUUUGAAUUAAAUAAUUAAGUGAAAUGUCAAUUAGGUAUACGUCAAGGUUCAGUAUGAGAAAAAGUUUUACGAAGAUACGAAGAGAAUAUACAUACAUUCAAAUUAUUUUAAUAAAUUAUCCCAGACGAGUGUGCUUUAAAGAUAAAUAUGUUUUAAAAAAUAAUAAAAUUAAUACUGUGGAAUAAUGAACUGUGUAAGAAUACUGGUAAACAUUAUUUUCGGUAUUGUACAGGGUGUUGUACAAAUGCGCAUAAAAUUUUAGAUUUCAGAACACUAAAAGAUGAAACGAUUUUUUUUAUGGACCAUGAGCCUAUUAUCUUUCGCUUAAUUCAUUAAUAAUGGACAGGGUGUCACGAAACUUAUGGGUUAUAUAUCAAGUGUGGUUUCCUUUGAUGAAAAUGAACCGAAUUAAAUCAAGUUACAUUAGCACAAUCUCGCUUCCUUAAAAAUUUACAGGUCUUUCAAAAAAAAUAAAUACAUUUUUUUGUAGGCCUCUUACCUUUUAACCAGUGGCGGCUUGUUACAUUGAAAAUAGGUGAGGCAUAUUCAUUGAUUGCCUAAAAAGUUGGCGCUGGCGAAAAUUUUCAGAUUUUCAAGGUCAAACGACUUUAAAUGAAUCGGAAAUAAUUAUAAAUUGCAAAACCAAACGGAAAUUUUGGGUGAAGCGGUGCGUCACUUGCGUCUCCAGACGCGCCGCCAAUGCUUUUAAGGAAGCAAAAUAGUAAAAAUAUAAAUUAAACUAAAUCGAUUAAUUUUGAUCUAGAAAGCUUCACUGAAAUUUGAUACAGUGUUUAAGUUAUUGACAAUCUACUAGGGGUCGGUCUCGGUAUGACAUUUAAUAACAUACAUUUUCUGAGAUUAGGUUUUUUUCAGAGUACCUAUGUCCUUAAUAUAAUAUUUAAUUGUACAGAAAAGCUACCCUUAUUAUUGUAAAAUCAAAGAAAACUUACCGUCUUUUGAGAAAAACGCAACUAUUUAACCUAAUGUUAACUAUAGUAGCUAUUCCUUUAUAUACAGGGUGUCCGAAAACUAAGGGUUACAUUUCAAAGGUUGUUGCUUCCCUAAAAAGUUACAUAUCUUCAAAAAAUAUUUAUUUUUUCAUUUUUUUGAAGUCUGCUAAUAUUAUAAGGAAGCAUGAUGGUUCGAAAAUUUAUUUUCAUUAAAAGGAUAUUUACCCUCGAAAUAUCAUGCAUUCAUUUGUGGACACUGUAUAUUAAAGAUAGAUGGUUGACUUUGGGAUGACUGGUUCGGUGUUUCUCAAAAAAGCACAUUAAUGAAGUGUUACAUUAGAGUACAAGACAUGUACACCGUAACAAACCUAAUCUAAAAAAGUUAUCUCCGCCUAAAAUGUCAUUGAAUGAGCAGCUGGAUCUCUCUAGCGGAUGGUUAAAAACUAACAAAGCAAUUUCAAUUCAUUUUCAUUACAUUGUUUUUUCGAAAUAAAGACUACAAUUUUUAUUUGUAAAAUCAUCUUUGACACCCUGUAUGUUAAAAACACAAGACUAUUAGUCAUUUUAUUUUUUGAUGUCCUACCAUCCUCUAAUUUUUGCAACACCCAUCAUAAUUAAAAUGGAAAUAAAUUUUCUUAAAUUCAUUUUAUUUCAUUUUCGUCUAUAUUUUCCUAAUUAUUUUUGAAUUGGCGAAGAGAAUGCCUUAUAUUGAAUGUAAUAAGGCAUAUAGGGAACAUUGAUUAAGAGCAAAUUGUGAUUAAUUUUAAAAAUCUGUAUGGAAUACAUUUGUGCUAAAAGUUAAUCUAUCAAAAAUAUAUCAGAAAAACUAGGAAUUGAAACUGAAAUUUAGAAAAAUCUCUAUUUACGGUUUAGGUCAAUAUUGUUAGUAGACAAAAAAGGAAUAAUGUAUUUAAGCUUAUUAUAAAAAUCGUAAAUGUACAAACAGUAUUAUUUUAAACUUCUUUUAUAGUAAGCUGUUAAUACAUGAUACUUACCUAGUCUUGUAAUCAUAUCUAACAAAAUUAAAUUUAAAUGAAAAUGUGCAGAAACUAACAAUAUACUAUUAAAA